CUUACUAACUAAGAUAAUAUUUACAUUCAUUUUAACUUCUUAUUUAUAGUUCUGUGUUUGUUUUAAUAUUGAAUGAUUUAAUUUAAUUUAAAUAAAAUAUCUGUUACUCAUUUACUUUUAUUAGUUCCUCAGUCAUACCAGUCAAUUACUAUGCCAGUUAAAAAAUGUCAUGCAGUAAAAAUCAAGAAAAAGUUAUCCCAAAUAUUAAUAUAGACCAAAGUUAUUCUUCAAAUUCAGAUUAUAUUAAUUCGUUAAUGGAUAAAAAUUCGAGUUCUACUCAAAAAAUACCUGAAACGAAAAAAAAAUCAUUUAAAAUUCCUGGUCACAUAAUAUUGAUUGAAAAUGAAGGAAAUAUAAAAUAUAGUUGCACAAUUUGCAAAACAGAAUUCAAAUCGAAAAAAAAUUGUUUUUAUCAUAUAACGUGUGAUGGUAAUACUAUAAAAAAAAUAUUGAUUUGUCAAAUGUGCAAUAAGACUUUUAAAGUACAAUCACAUUUAGAUUAUCAUUUAUUGACACAUUCUGGCAAAAAACCAUAUAAGUGCACUGAUUGUGAAAAAUGUUUUUUUACAAAAUCAAAAAUGAUAGAACAUCGAAUUGUACACUCAGUUCGAUCCCAUUUUUGUUCAAUUUGUAGUAAAGGUUUUAAAAGAAAGCGAUCAUUAGAGAUUCAUUUAAAAACCCAUGUUAUAGAAAAGCCUUUCCAGUGUAUAACAUGUUCAAAAUAUUUUAAGAAUAAACAAUGCUUAAAAAAACAUCUUAUUAGAAAGCAUUCUGACAUUAAAGCAUAUUCAUGUGAUAUUUGUAAACGUAAAUUUAGUUUAAAAGAUUCUCUAGUAUCUCAUAAAAAAAUCCAUGUUGGUUCAACACAAUUUGCUUGUUAUUUAUGUAAUCAACGUUUUAAAGAAAAACGCUAUCUUCAAAGACAUUUAGGAACUCACAACAAAAAAAAUGUUUUGAAUUGUCCAAUGUGUAUGAAAGAAUUUACUCGUAAAGAUAAUUUAGAUAGACACAUGAGAAAUACACAUCUAGAAUUAGAAAAUAUUAGCAAUCAGGAACAUACAAUCCGAGCAUCUGUUAUUAAAGUUAUUAAAAAAAUAGAAUCUUGUGCUGUUAAAGUAAUACAACAUACCUAAGUUAAAUUAAUUGUGAUUAUUUUGUUGAUUAUUAUAUAUUUAGUUAAAUAAUAUUGAAUGUAAAGUAUAUAUAUUUAAUUUUUAUUAUUGGGAGAAAUAAAUGUUUAAACUACCUCAUUUAUAUAUAUAUACUUUUUCUACUCUAAUGACCUUUAUUGUAACUAAUAAAUAAAUAAUAUUUAUAAUUCAAUUAAUUUACUUAUUAUAACAACUUGUUUCUUUGAGCAAUUAUAUUCUCUACUUAAAAAUAA